CGGGGAGCGCGGCCGUGCCCUCUCGAGCAGCGGCGGGGUCCCCGCGGCGCCGGGCUGCGGAGCGAAGGGCCCGCGGCGGCCGCGGCCGGUGCAUGUACGGCUGCUGGAUGCGGAGGCGGCGGCGGCGGCGCUGAGCGGCAGGAUGUUAGGGCAGCAGCAGCAACUGUACUCGUCGGCCGCCCUCCUGACCGGGGAGCGGAGCCGGCUGCUCACCUGCUACGUGCAGGACUACCUUGAGUGUGUGGAGUCGCUGCCCCACGACAUGCAGAGGAACGUGUCUGUGCUGCGAGAGCUGGACAACAAAUAUCAAGAAACGUUAAAGGAAAUUGAUGAUGUCUAUGAAAAAUAUAAGAAAGAAGAUGAUUUAAACCAGAAAAAACGUCUACAGCAGCUUCUCCAGAGAGCACUCAUUAAUAGUCAAGAAUUGGGAGAUGAAAAAAUCCAGAUUGUUACACAAAUGCUCGAAUUGGUGGAAAAUCGGGCAAGACAAAUGGAGUUACAUUCACAGUGUUUCCAAGAUCCUGCCGAAAGUGAAAGAGCCUCAGAUAAAGCAAAGGUGGAUUCCAGCCAACCAGAAAGAUCUUCAAGAAGACCCCGCAGGCAGCGGACCAGUGAAAGCCGUGAUUUAUGUCACAUGACAAACGGGAUUGAAGACUGUGAUGAUCAGCCACCUAAAGAAAAGAAAUCCAAAUCAGCAAAGAAAAAGAAACGCUCCAAGGCCAAGCAGGAAAGGGAAGCUUCACCUGUUGAGUUUGCCAUAGAUCCUAAUGAACCUACAUACUGCUUAUGCAACCAAGUAUCUUAUGGGGAGAUGAUAGGAUGUGACAACGAACAGUGUCCAAUUGAAUGGUUUCACUUUUCCUGUGUUUCACUUACCUAUAAACCAAAGGGGAAAUGGUAUUGCCCAAAGUGCAGGGGAGAUAAUGAGAAAACAAUGGACAAAAGUACUGAAAAGACAAAAAAGGAUAGAAGAUCGAGGUAGUAAAGGCCAUCCACAUUAGGAUUAUUUGUCUUUUCUAUAAUUCGUUUACUUUGAGAAAAUGUUUUAGGGUAAACGCAUAAGACUAUGCAAUAAUUUUUGAUCAUUAGUAUUAAUGGUGUAUUAAAAGUUGUUGUACUUUG